UUACAGUGGUGGACUGUGGUCCUUUACAGCUUUCAGACAAUGGUAACCAUAUACUGUUUAUGUUACAGUGGUGGACUGUGGUCCUUUACAGCACCCAGACAAUGGACAAGUGUACUUUGGUUCAACAACAUACUUGGCUGAGGCUACAUACAAGUGCUACUGUGGCUACCUGUUAUAUGGAACCUCCCAGAGAGUGUGUCGAGCGGACGGUGUCUGGGAUGGGCAGAAUGUAUUUUGUAAUCCAUUAUCCUGUACUGCUCCUGAAUCCCCUUUAUACGGGUCACUGGCUAUGAGUGUGGCCCCAUAUAUCAAAGAUUCCACACUGUCCUUCACCUGUACACCACCUGGUUAUACAUUAACAGACCAGGGAAAAUGGCAGUGCAGAGCACAUGUGAGCCCGACUGAGCGUGAACCUGUUACACUGCAGCUGGAAGUUCGGGGGAUGUACCAUGUGGAGGAUGCUAUUACCAUACCCACAGAAUGUUUUCAAUUUUACUCCGACAAUAGUAACUCACAGCUGUGGGCAGCACGAAGAAAAAUAAAAAGUAUAGCUUGUCCUCACUUAAAUUCCACUUUAGACCUUGGUGUCAGCAAAGUCCGCAGUGUAAGCAGAAUCAACAGAACGACCCUACAGAUGGUUUCGGGUCUGCAGAUCCAGAGUUUGAGUGCUGGUUACCUGGACCUGGACCUGAGGAACUCUACCUGUAGCUGUGUUGCUGCUAUAGGCCAGCUCUUAGCAACCAGCAAUUCCUACCUGAGCACCUUGCAGGCCACCUCCUGUCCUCCGGUCACCUUACACCCACCUCAACUCAUUACUAAGGCACAGUCCUGGACCUGUGAUACCAACUUCCACCUACAGUUCUCAGGCAUUGAAAAUGUUUGUGACACUGGCCAUAUGCCUCGAUGUGUUGAAGACUUGGACUGCAUUUAUAAUGAGAGCCAGACUGGUACAACACCCCUACCCAGUACAGAUGUGACAACCCCUUCCCCAACUGAUAGUGAGUCUCCAGAAUCUAGCACCACGGCAGGUUACAGCUCCACAAUGUCACAUUCCAUUGUAUCUGGUACGUCAUCUGCCACCUCUACCAGCACCACACCCAGACCAGAGACUACUAAAACAACCACAGAAUCAGGCACCACUUCCACCACUCCUCGGGAGACCAGUGCUCCAAGUACUCCUGGUGAGAGCAGUACCCAGUCUACCACCCCUAAGGAAACUAGUUCUACUGCUGAAUCCACAACAACUAGAGAAACCAAUUACCAAACCACCGCUGAUGAGGAGACAAGUACUCAAUCUACCACUUCCCUGGAGAUGAGUACCCAAACUACCUCUCCUCGGGAGAUUACUACCCAAACUACCACUACUGGGGAGAUUAGUACCCAAACUACCUCUCCUGAGGAGAUUAGUACCCAAACUACCACUCCUGGGGAGACAAGUACCAAGCCUACCACUCCUGGAGAGACAAGUACGCAGCCUACCACUCCUGGAGAGACAAGUACCCAGCCUACCACUCCUGGAGAGACAAGUACCAAGCCUACCACUACUGUGGAGACGAGUACCAAGCCUACCACUCCUAUGGAGACGAGUACCCAGCCUACCACUCCUGGGGAGACAAGUGACAAGUCUACCACUCCUGGGGCGACGAGUACCAAGCCUCCCCCUCCUAUGGAGACGAGGACCCAGCCUACCACUACUGUGGAGAGGAGUACCAAGCCUACAACUCCUGGGGAGACGAGAACCAUGCCUACCACUCCUGGUGAGACGAGUACCAAGCCUUCCUCUCCUAUGGAGACGAGUACCCAUCCUACCACUCCUGGGGAGAAAAGUACCCAGCCUACCACUCCUGGGGAGACAACACUGUGCCACUGA